AUGUCCGAAUCGUCUUCGGCGACCGUCCGCGAUGACAAGGCCGUCGACGAGAAGAACGACGAGGACGACGUCCCCUCCCUGUCUCCCCCCCGGGCCAGCCUUCAUUCUCUGGUACGCUCGGCGUCGCGCCUGAGUCGGAUGAGCACGCGACAAACGCAGCGCGAGAUGGCGAUCCGGUCCCAGACUAGAGACGAGGGCGUGCUCACUCACGAAGAGGACGGGAGAGGGGUCGUGGAGAAGACGGCGGCCGUCGACCUCGGCGAUGGGAUGGAGGGCGUCGUGAUUGUCGAUUGGGCGCCAGGGGAUCCAGAGGACCCGCAAAACUGGUCUCCGCUGCGCAAGUGGACGACCAUCAUCGUGCUGUACUACCUCGUGGCCCUGACGGCUAUCAACGCAACCAGUGUCGGCGUCAUGGCUCCUUGGGGAGUGCCGUGGUUCAACACUACGUAUGUGGGGUACGCACUCAGCGUGUUCAUGUAUCUCUUCGGGAUUGCGAUCACCCCUCUGGUCCUUGCGCCCAUGAGCGAGCUGUUUGGCAGGAACGUCAUCUACCAAGUAACGACGUUGAUCAACGCCCUCCUCUUCCUCCCCCAGGCCCUGACCCACUCGCAUUCGGGCCUCCUCGCCGCCCGCUUCUUCCAGGGCAUGGCCUCAUCCGUCGCCAACUCGAUGGUCGGCGGCACGGUUGCUGACCUGUUCGCCGCCCGCGAAAGAGGACUGGUGAUGAACCUCCUCGCCAUUGUCAUCUUUGUCGCACAGGCGCUUGGCGGGGUCUGUUUCGGUUGGGUCGGCCUCUACCUCGGCGUGCAGUGGUGUUAUGGCAUCCAGGCGAUUCUCGCUGGUGUUUCCGUGUUUGCCAAUGCUUUAUUCCUUCGCGAAACUCGUGCCGACGUAUUAUUGGAAAGAAGAGCGCUCAAAAUAUCCAAAGAAACAGGAAUCAAACACAUCGCACCAUCACAGACGCAGAAGAGGAGCGUGCGGCAGAUGAUGAUGGUAUCGGCCGUUAGGCCAUUACAGUACCUCUUCACAGAACCGAUCGUCACGGCCAUAUCGCUUUGGAUCGGAUUCGCAUGGGGCGCCGUGUUCCUCGGCACGUCUUCGGUCCUGCUUGUCUUUGGACAGUAUACCGAUAAUCCGGGACUGGUUGGCGUGUCUGAGAUUACCGUCGCCAUUGGAGGUGUUCUGGGGUUCAUCUCAAAUUACCACCAGGAAUACCUGUACCAGAAAGCGUGCGGGAAAAGCCCGACCGGUAAGGCUGCCCCAGAGGUGAGGCUGUAUUGGGCCUCGACGGCGGGCCUCCUCUUCCCCAUCUGCAUGUUCAUCUACGCGUGGACUGGGCAGCCCCAGUUCCACUGGAUGCUACCGGCAACUUUCCUCAGCCUCUCCUACUGGGGCGUCUACGUCAUGUACUCGAGCGUGUUCACGUACCUCGCCGACGCGUACGAGACAUAUUCAUCCUCGGCGCAGGCAAGCCAGAGCUUUAUGCGCAACCUCCUCUCGUCAACGUUCCCCCUCUUCGCGAGAGCCAUGUACAUCAAUCUCGGGUAUCCUAUCGCCUCAACAGUAGUGGCGAGCUGCGCCCUCGCCCUCGCUGCCUGUCCCACCCUCAUCGUCAUGUUUGGCGCCAAACUACGCGCCCGAUCCAAGGUCGCCUGCGCGAUUGCUGGCGAUUCAUAA